CACCUCACGCAGUUGGAGUUACUUCUUUUUUCUUAUUAACAGCUAACUCCUCUGAGAAAAGCCAAGUCACAUGCCAAGCUCGAGGUGAUAAAAGGGCAACGGUGGACUAAUUUACGUGUAUAACUGUUCUAAAACCAGACUGUAUCAGAUAGCGGAUCUGACCUUCCCUCAAUAAUGGAAAAACUCCAUUGGCUGCUUUGGAAUGUGGCAAUUUUUUUAUUAAUCCUUUUCAGAGGAGUCACAGCCUUUGGUCGAGAAGGUUCGUUGGUUUCCUAUUCUCAUCUUGUCUUAAUUGAAUCCAAAAGUGGACAGCUCGGAAAAUAUAGUCAGAUACAAUCCACAAGCCAAUUAACUCGUUCAAGCACGCCAUCUCCUCCGCCUGACCAUAGUGAAGAACUCAUGUUUGUCUCGUCGGCUUUUAGAUCUUCGUCAGUAAAAACGACAAAUUUUGACAACGAUGGCUUCAUUCCAAAAUCGAGUUUGACUGCACGACCAAUAAAAGGCUAUGAAUUAUUUGCGACUAGCAGAUCAACGCAGAUAAAUCAAAUUGAAUCUUUAGCCAAAAAAAGUGACUGGCAAACUAGUGGGACAACAUCUGCUGAAGUUAAAGCCACCUAUCCCUCCUUUAUUUUUACCUCCUCCUCUUCUUUGUCUUCCUCUUCAACACCCAAGCUGCUAUCCUCGUCCUCACUCUCUCCUUUACGCUCCUUUUUAUUCACCAACCCAGUCUCAUCCUCUUCAUCAGCAUCGUCUUUAUCCACGUCUCUCUCGUCAUCUCCAUCCUCCUUGUCAUCAAUAUUUUUGUCUUCGUCCUCUUCAUUCUCGCGGCCAUCCUUCCCUUUCUAUUUCUCCUCGGUCUCCUCUGAUACCUCCUUAUCAUCAACCUUAUCUUCUUCCCUCUCACCAUCACCCUCGUCUUCCCAUCCGUCAACCUCCCUCAAGCCGUCAUCCUCAUUUUCUUCAUUGGUUUCUUCGUCUACAUCGUCUAGAUCGUCUUCAUCGUCUCCAUCUCCCUUACCCUCAUUAUCAUUAACAACUCCUUCCUUCUCCUCAUCAACAAUUUUUUCAUCGACGCCAGCUUCUUCGUUAUUCUUAUUUUCCAACUCAUCGUCAACAUCCUCCUCGUCAUCAUCACCUUUACCAUUCUUGGCUUUGUCCUUGUCGCCAUCCCUGUCUUUGUACUCCACCCGAACCUCUUCGUCGUCAUCAUUAUCCUUUGACUCGUUUUCAUCCUCAUCCCUGUCUUCCUCUUCAACAUUCUCUUCCUCCUCCUCGUUCGGCCCCUUAUCACCAUUAUCUUCCUUGUCUCCGUCCCUCUCGCCUUCCUUGUCCUCCUAUUCAUUAUCUUUCCCCUCCUUAUCCUCGUCAUUCUUACCUUCGUCCUCGACGCUAUCCUCAUAUUUCUCUUCGCCAUUCUUCUUCUCAUCAUCGUCCUCCUUCUCAUUAUUAUUGUUUCCGUCUUCCUCACCUUCAUCACCUUCCCUCUCAUCCUACUCCCCCUCCUCCUCAACAUCAUCUUCAUCAUCGUCCCUCUCAACCUCUUCCUCCUCCUCCUUCUCAACCUCGUCUUCAUCAUCCUCCCUCUCCUCCUCCUCCUCCUCCUCAUCCCCAUCUUCGUCAUUCUCCCUGUCAUCCUACUUCUCCUUCUCCUCAACCUCAUCUUCAUCAUCCUCCCUCUCCUCCUCCUCCUCCUCCUCCUCAUCCUCAACCCCAUCUUCAUCAUCCUCUCUCUCAACCUACUCCUCUUCCUCCUCCUCGUCCUACUCAGCCUCGUCGUCAUUAUCAUUUUCAUCCAUCUACUCUUCUUCCUCUUCUUUGUCAUCAUCAUCACUAUCGUUGUCUUCAACCUCGUCGCAAUCGUUAUCCUCAUCUUUGCCAUCCUUCUCAUCUUUAUUCUUAUUAUUACCGCCGUCAUCAUCAUUUUCUUCAUCUUCAUUGUCAUCAUCGGCUUCCUCGUCAUCCUCCUCCUAUUCUUCCUCUUCGUCUCUCUCAUUAUCCCUCGCAUUAUCAUCAUCAACAUCACUAUCUUUGUCUUCAUCCUCAUCGUCACUUUUAUCUUCGUCUUUGCCUUACUCCUCCUCGUCAUCAUCAUCGUUAUCAAUGUCCUCGUCACUACCUAUUUCCUCGUCGUCGCCAUCUUCCUCCUCCUCCUCCUCCCCCUCAUCAUCAUCAUCAUCAUCAUCAUCAUCGCUGUCAGCAUCACCAUCAUCUAUAAUGUCGAUUUCUGCUCGGUCGUCUUUCUCAUCGUCAUCAUCGUUGCCCCUCUCACUCCUACAACCUCUUCCCACUUCAGCUCGAUCCUCAUCCUCCUCGACAGCACCGCUAACGAAGUUUGUAUCAUCUUCUUCACUGUCGUCUACUACAUCGAUGUACCUUGAAUCAACCAAAAAAGUGAUCCCUACCAGUGGUCCAGAAAAACCUACCAGUCCAACACCCGGUAAAACCUGGAGAGCGACGCUUACUAUCCAAAACAUGGAAUUUACUGAAGGAUUAACCGAUCCUUCAUCGGAAGAGUUUAUGAAAUUAGCAAAUGAAUUGGAGGAUGUCUUGGAUGAUAUUUUUAAGCCUGAAAUAUCUGGUUUUCUUUCCGUGGAAGUUGUUAACUUCAAGAAAGGAAGCAUUGUGUGCGAUUUCCUUAUUUACACGGAGUUAGAAUCUUCAGCCACGGCUGACAAUUUUAGUGAUGUCUUGUCAGCUGCCAUUAAUAAAGGAGAAGCUAAAAAGUUUAAGAUCACAUACUUCACAAUAGAGGAAGAGGAAGAAGAGGAAGAAGAGGAAGAGGAAGAAGAGGAAGAAGAGGAAGAAGAGGAAGAAGAGGAAGAGGAAGAAGAGGAAGAAGAGGAAGAAGAGGAAGAAGAGGAAGAAGAGGAAGAAGAGGAAGAAGACGUCGACGUAAAGAGUGUUAUAGGGACAAAGGAACGAAAGAACGAGUUUCCUCUCAAAGUGUUUGCCGCGGCAGCGUUUGGAGCAUUGGUGGUUUUGGUCAUAGGCUUCGUACUUUACAAGAGAGUCAGCCGAAAAAGGAGAGAGCGUGAGGGCUUUAAAAAUACCAGGGAUAUCAUUCCGUUGAACGACUUCAAUUCACCAAAUAAUAAUGAAGAAGGAGAAGGAGAGCUUGCCUCACAGAAAAUACGAAUCAGUAAUUACGAAGACAAAGAAGAAGAUGAAGACGAAGUAACACCAUUUUGCAAACCGGGCGUCAAAAAAAUGAGUCCUGUGUGACGUUAAUUAGUUAAUAAUAAUAUUUAAGCAAUUUGACAAUCAAAAUUUUCCCUUCUUGGUUUCAUUCAGUAAGCCAAUGAUGUUGCUUUUGUUAUCAGCUUUAAAAAAAAACAAAACAAAAGCGCCUGCCUUUGACCCGCUAAAUUGUAACCAACCAGGUGCAAGAUUUUCCCGCGCUUAGGGAUAAUGAAAUUUAUUGGCUGUGCUUUUGCGCUUUUGCUUUUUUUUUUAAGCAGAACUGUCUUAUUGGAGCACAAGACGUGAACAUUCAUCUGCGUUAACCGAAGGAUACAGAAAAAGAGUUGCGCGGCAACUGAUCACCAUCGAUCGAUGGAAAGUGUUCUUUAUGACUAGCUAGGAAGUAAUCGUUUUUUAUGUUUUCAGAGGGCAACAUAAACGUUUUAGCUUUUGUUGUCCUUUUUAAUGUAGUUCUAGAUAAGUUACUUGUUAAACUUUGUUCCUGGAGUGAGCAGAUAACGUUUUCAGAAGGUGAUAGGGUUCUCAGUCGUAUACAGAACCUUCAUAUGGAAAUUUUAGGGAGCCAGGGGCGCAGCCUCAUAGAAGCAUAACAGCGUGUGGGUAGACUUAAAGCAUAAUUAUAGAUAAUGAAAAUAAAAUGAAAAAGAUUUAUA